AUUAUAUUAAUGAUGGGAGUCAUCAAAGUGCUCCAGUUUUUUAUACCUUACUUUCUAAUCUAUAUUAAUCUUAAACUUGCACAGUUGACAGUUGGAGUCCCAAAUUGAGAAGUCUUUCUCCAUGAACGGAAACUCCAGUGACAGCCCAAAUGAGCCCACAGUUGCUAUUAAACUUCCCUAUAACUUGUCAACUUCUCAUUUUCCCAGUCAGACAUUCUGAUCUUUUCUCCACAUCAGCUACAUAACGCUGUUGCUCCUUUUCACUCUGUAGUCCUAUGCAGGAGUUCAUCAGUGUUUGGGUGCGGGAUCCUCGCAUUCAGAAAGAGGACUUCUGGCAUGCCUAUAUGGAUUAUGAAAUCUGCGUACAUACAAACAGUUUGGCCUUUACUAAGAAGAGCUCUUGCGUGCGGAGGAGAUACAGUGAGUUUGUGUGGCUGAGGCAGAAGCUGCAGGAUAAUGCCCUGCUCCUAGUGCAUCUACCUGAGCUUCCCCCAAAGAACCCCUUCUUCAGCCUCAACAAUGCCAGACAGAUUUCUGCCCGCAUGGAGGGAUUGAGGCACUUCCUGGAGGAGAUUGUGGGCAGUCCAGUGCUGCUGUCCGACAGUUGCCUGCACCUGUUUCUUCAGUCUCAGCUGAGUGUGAAGAAGAUUGAGGCAUGUGCUGAAGGCAGAAGCCGAUACACCGUCGCUCAGGCCAUUCAGAACUCCAGUUCCCAGGCCCAGCGUUUUGGCUCUGAUGAAAACACACAGGAGGAGGGAGAGACUGACUCAGGGUGACUGGGUUUAUGUCACAUUCAUUCUGGGCCAUAGCUUUUAAAUAUACUCUUGACUAAAAGCUCAUAGUAGCACAUUCAAUCAUACUGCAAUCUAUUUGCAGCUGCCUGAGUUUAGGCCAAAUGUGAAGAAAGCAAGAAUGUACAUGCAAGGAAUGAAUGAUAAAUGAUAGUUUUUAAAUUGUGUGUUCUUUUCCAGAGCUGCUUCUUCUCUUUCCUACUCAUGUCAAGAUGUAUCAGAAUAACAUAUAAUGUAAUUACUUAUUACGUUGGCUUAAAAGGCUGAGUUUAUGUAGGAAUACUCAGAAUGCAGUCUCACUCAGAACAGCAGACAGUGGUUUAUUGGUUUAUUUAUUGGAAAUAAUUUACAGACUAUGCUUGAAAAUAAUGUCCCUAAACUGCAAUGUGCUGAAUUAAGUGAGGCAUCUGAGAACCAACACCUAAUUCGUUUUGCAGAUCAUGUGUUAAUUGCAGAUCACAUGUUUAUUGCAGAGCUAAAAGAUCAUACCUUAGAUGUCUAAAAUGCAAUUUGUCCAUUGUUAAAUUUGAUGAUUAUUUAAAACGAUGUACAUUUUUGACCAGCAGAUGGCGCUUCUGCUAUGCUUGUUUCUGUACGGCCAGCCCACUGGUCUUCAGUCAUUUGUUUUUGUUCAGUUUGUACAAGCAUCCAACAUGUUAUGUUAUGUUGAUGUGAGUGUAAAUGUUUUACAUGUAGAAUGAUCUGACAAGUUUUAGAAUAAAUAAAUAUAUAAAAAUGUGUGUUUUA